GUUCGUGUAUACGCCAACGUCAAUUUAAACUCGGCAUUUGACCGCAUGGUGCAGCACUAGUCCGAGAACAACCCAGGUUCGUGAGAGUGAGCACUCUCAUUACCUCUUUGAUACGACUGUGAUUCGAGGCGACUGGUUUCAUAACCUAAGUGCAGUGUGAGAAUUAUUUAACGUUCUUUGUAAUUAGAUUGCAGCGUAAUUGAAAUAGAUGGCGGACAAUAUCGAAAGCAAAGCUACUGUCGCAUCGGAAGAGAUAGAGGCAGAAGAAUACCAAGAAGAUGUUCCAGAGGAAGGAAAGAUUAUUCGGAAAGACGAAAAAUCGAGGCUAAAUGUGGAGGUGCUCGAUGACGCGGAAACUGUUACGUUAGAACAACGAGUUUAUCAAAUACGUCCGCAGUUACACGAGAAGUUUAAACCGUUAAACGCUAAAGAAGUUAUACAUAAUGUGCUGUUUGAUCAGCUUUCUGCGAAAACUUACGAUGCUCAGGAAGCAGCCCAAUGGACUAAAGAUAUAGCGGAUUUAAUUAGAGAGAAAGUUAAAGAGCUAAAGUUCAAACGUUACAAAUAUAUCGUAAAUGUGGUUUUGGGUGAGCAGCAUGGUGCUGGGGUGAAAAUGGGUACAAGAUGUAUUUGGGAUGCAGAAGCAGAUACGUACGCGUAUGAUAGUUUCUUAAAUGAUACGAUAUUCUGUGUGGCCACUGUGUACGCCGUGUAUUUUUAUUAGAAAAUGCAUAUGCAUCUUUAUUAUACGUAUCUUUGAUUACGAUACACCAAGCAUUUGAAGUUUAUCAAUUAUGGUAUCCUACGAUGAUACGAACAACAUCGAAUGAAAGAUGAAGAAGAAUAAAAGAUGAUCUCAUAGCUGGA